AUGAGUUAUACAGGUUUUGUCCAAGGAUCUGAAACCACUUUGCAGUCAACGUAUUCAGACACCAGUGCUCAGCCUACCUGUGAUUACGGAUAUGGAACAUGGAACUCUGGGACAAACAGAGGCUACGAGAACUAUGGCUAUGGCUGUGGCUAUGGCCAGGAGAACGCCAGCAGCUAUGGGUAUGGUAUGGCCACUUCAAACUCAUGGGAAAUGCCUUGCUCUGAUGCAAAUGCAAAUGCUAGUGCCACAGGGAGCACCAGCGCCGAUUCCGUUUUAUCCAAAAUUAACCAGCGCUUAGACGUGUCACACGUGGAGACAGACAUGAUGCAAGGAGGCAUGUACAGCUCAGGAGGAGAAAGGUAUGACUCCUAUGAGACCUGUGACUCAAGGGCCAUGCUGAGCGAGCGCGCCCUCUACCGCCCAGGCUAUGACUACAGCGAGCUUGACCCUGACAUGGAGAUGGCCUAUGAGGGCCAGUAUGACGCCUACCGAGACCAGUUCCGCAUGCGUGGUGGCGGCGCCGCCUUUGGUCCUCGGGCACAGGGCUGGGCCCGUGAUGCCCGAAGCGGCCGCCCGAUGGCCUCAGGCUAUGGACGCAUGUGGGAAGAGCCCAUGGGGGUCCGGGGCCAGUGCAUGCCAGGAGCCCCCCGACUGCCCUCCCUCUUCUCGCAGAACAUUCUCCCCGAGUAUAGCAUGUUCCAGGGUGCACGUGGUGGGGGCGCCUUCCCAGGCAGCUCCUUCCCUGUCGGCUCCCGCUUUGGCUUCGGUUUUGGCAACGGUGUGAAGCAGAUGCGUCGCACCUGGAAGACCUGGACUCCAGCUGACUUUCGGACCAAGAAGAAAAAGAGGAAGCAGCUAGGCAGCCCUGAUGAGCCCGACAGCAAGGCCUCCAGGACAGACGGCUCUGACAACAGUGAUUCUGACAAUGAUGAUGGCACUGAGGGUGAGGCCACCGAGACAGCCGAGGCUUCCGAGGCUGUGGAGAAGAGCUCCAGAGUGGAAGGAGAGGAUGAGGAAGGGAAGGAGGAGGGAAAGGAUGACAGCAAAGAGGAUUCAGGUGAGUCUGGGGCCCUGACCACCCAGGAUGAAAGCAGCCUAGCCAAGCGCAAGCUGCAGGCGGGCAAGAAAAGCCAGGACAAGCAGAAGAAGCGACAGCGAGACCGCAUGGUGGAAAGGAUCCAGUUUGUAUGCUCUCUCUGCAAAUACCGGACCUUCUAUGAGGAUGAGAUGGACAGCCAUCUAGACAGCAAAUUCCACAAGGAGCACUUUAAGUUUGUCGGCACCAAGCUCCCAAAGCAGACAGCUGACUUCCUGCAGGAAUACGUCACCAACAAGACCAAGAAGACAGAGGAGCUCCGGAAAACUGUGGAAGACCUUGAUGGUCUUAUCCAGCAGAUCUACAGAGACCAGGAUUUGACCCAAGAAAUUGCUAUGGAGCAUUUUGUGAGGAAGGUGGAAGCGGCUCACUGUGCGGCUUGUGACCUCUUCAUUCCUAUGCAAUUUGGAGUCAUCCAGAAGCACCUCAAGACCAUGGAUCACAACCGGAACCGCAGGCUCAUGAUGGAGCAGUCCAAGAAGUCCUCGCUCAUGGUGGCCCGCAGCAUCCUCAACAACAAGCUCAUAAGCAAAAAGCUGGAGCGCUACUUGAAGGGCGAGAACCCCUUUACAGACAGCCCCGAGGAGAAGGAGCCGGAGGACGGCGAGGCGGGAGCCCUGGACGAGGGGGCGCCCCAGCCACCAGUGCCCCCGGAGCCCGAGGCCAUCACGCCGCCUCCACCGCCACCCCCGGAGGAAGAGGAAGAGGCCGUUCCACUACUGGGCGGGGCGCUGCAGCGCCAGAUCCGCGGGAUCCCUGGCCUUGAUGUGGAGGCCGACGACGACGACGACGACGACGAGGAGGGCGGGGGGAGCGCCCCAUGA